AUGGCACAAUUCGUUGCGCUCCAGAAGAAGGAUUGGAUAAUACGGUCGCGCAAUCCGAUCGCCACUGUCUUCGAGCUGUUCCCGGCGGUAGUGUUGGCCCUUAUGUUCGCCUAUUUGUUGAAAGACAUCAAAUACGAUGAUCUCUACCUCAAUCCCAACGAAAAACUCGAGCCCUACGAUAUGUACGGACACCACUGGUGGCGGAAGAUUGACGUGACCCGAGCGCCGACCCAUAAUGAGGUCUACUACACGCCGGUCAACGCCUACACCACAGAUCUGAUGAAGACAUUGGUUAACAUCACCGGUUGGAGCCUAACGCCGAUGAAUAGCGGCGAAGAUGUGCGCGAAGUGGUCAGUCGUGCAGAGAAUAAGUUGCCGACGCCUACGUAUUGGGGACCGACACACGUGGGCAUCGUAUUCGAGGACACGUACGGCACGGUUUGGUCGCAUCUCAAGUAUACGCUGAUCGCCAGAGACGUGGAGAAAAUCGUCUCCUUCACCAAUCAGAGGGACAACUGGUCGGGUGCCGGUUGGGCCUAUCCGUCCAGUUAUCUAAGGAAUUACUUGGCGUACAUUAUUGUGUUCAUAAACCAGGCGUUUCUGACCAAAGCGGCCAAAGAUAAUGGCGUGAAUCCACCGACGAUCCAGUCGUUGGAACUCCAAGAGUUUCCAUUGCCGAACAAAUUGUACGAAAUCAAAAAGCGAGGUUACGCGCCGUACCCGAGCGGCCGAAUGGCUCAACGCGUAUCCAGAGGUGAUAUCAUUUCAGUGUCCAUUGUCUUGGGGUAUAUCGUGUUGUAUCCGCUGAUCGUCCGCCGAGUGAUGACCGAAAAGGCCAAUAAAGUGAAGGAAUUGAUGAAAAUGAUGGGAAUGAGUGAUUGGGUCUUCUGGGCGUCGCAUUUCAUCAAUUAUCUGCUGGUGAUGUCAGUCCAGGCCUUGAUAUUCUCAUUCCUCUGGUGUUACGGCACGACAACAAUCGGUUACGGCUCGGGAGCGCCGAUACUUAAGCGUCAGAAUGUGAUCCUAUUUUUCCUAAUCGUUUGGAUCUUUUGCAUCCAAACCAUACUCUACUGCAUGGCAUUCACCACAGUCUUCAACAACUCAGUGCUGGCGGUGAUAGUGAUGGUCAUCGCGUAUAUACUGGUCUAUGGCAUCGGUGUUAUAAUAUGUCACCCGGCGAUCACCACUCAUGAGUACGACUAUAACGGUCUGCGACUUCUCCUAACGAUGUACCCAUCGUUUGCCAUCACGUGGUCUAUGUCUUUGUUGAGCCGCUGGGAGUGGUAUGGCGUCACCGUUGGUCUCAAAGAGCUCUUCGCGAAGACACCAUUCAUUGAACUCAGUUUAGCCGAAGUCCUAAGCGUUCAGAUCUUUUCGUGCUUUUUCUGGGCGGCAAUGAUCUGGUAUUUGGACGCCAGUUCACUCCUCUCCGGAGGUAUGAAACGGAAGCUAAGUCUAGGAAUCGCUAUCAUCGGCACCACAGAAGUCCUGAUACUGGAUGAGCCGACCUCUGGUAUGGAUCCUGAGGCCCGUCGAGCCAUUUGGGAUGUCUUACAACACGUCCGCAGAGAGAAGACUAUACUUCUGACCACUCAUUACAUGGAAGAGGCGGACGUGAGAUCAUUACUACAUUGUUUGCCACUAAUAGUCUAUUAUCUCAACUCUAACUUUGUGUCCACUCAGGUAUUGGGCGACAGAAUAGCGAUUAUGUCUGAAGGAGUGCUCAAGUGUUGCGGUUCUCCGAUAUUUCUGAAGAAGCGAUUCGGCGCCGGAUAUCACCUCAGAAUCGCAAAGACAGACAAUUAUAGCAAACAAUUGGUUGACACGACUCCCCAGAAGUAUUUGCCGGACAGUCGUCUUCAAAGUGAAAUCAAUACUGAAGUGAUUUAUUCACUCGAAUCCGACGACAACUCGAAAGAGACGGACAAAAAUAUAUUCCCGAAACUCUUUGACGAACUCGAGAGCCGUAAACAAGAGCUCGGAUUCAACUCAUUUGGCAUAACUGUGACCACAAUGGAAGACGUGUUUCUCAAAGUCGGUUCUCAUGAAGAGGUGGACAACGGAAAGAUGGCUUCGCAGGAGAAGACAGAGAAGCAGUACAAGAAUGAGGACGGCUUUAAACUGAUCCAAAUGUCAGUAUUGGGUCUUCUGGUGAAGCGUUUCCAUUACAGUCGCAGACAUUGGGCGAUGUUGUUGUUCCAGAUCGUCAUUCCGGCCGUACUCUUCAUACUUGUUAUUCUGGCCGACAAUAGCGUCAGAUCUGCGACCACUCAGAAAUCUAAGUCAAUAACACUCGAUCUCCAGGAACUAUACGGCCGUACGAUUGGAUUCUACCACGACUUGGACCCAACGACUCACGACUUCGGCGCCAAUCACUACAUACCGAACGCCGAGAGACACGGCGUGACCGCAAACCUAUUACUCAACACAACUUAUCCAAGUGAUUGGCUGCUGGAAAAAAGUCGCUACUUUGAGCAAUACGUGAUGAAGUAUGUGUUGGGCGGCGCCGUCAGCAACACGUCCGGUACUCUCAACCCCGUCUAUACCAAAUUGAUGCUCAGAAUCUUGGCGUCAAAAGGCUGGUCGCCGGCAGCGAAUGAUGAACGCCGGCGUUUCGUGCGUACUCUUAAUGCCGAUUAUGUUACCAUUUUUGACCGGGAGAAUGUAGCGAUCACACUAUUAUCACUUGUAAUCUAUAUGUUUGACGUAAACGAAGCGUUCUUCAAGGGCUGGCAGUCGGGCACCGCUUUCUUCCUAUUGUUACUGGCAUUUGGUUUGUCGUCGAUAUCCAUAGCCUAUUGUCUCUCCUUUUGGUUCAACUCAUCGCCUAUCGGUUUUUCAUUAUUACUGUUGUGCGCCAAAGUAUUGGAUGCCAUUAAAGCGUCGUACGGCAACUCUUUGCCCCCAAACUUUCCCACCGAAUGGCCCGACCCGUGGCCGCCAUAUUUACCGAAACCCGCGGGGUAUAGCAAUAUGACAGCGUGUAAACACUUGAAUCCGUGGACUUUGAAUCCGGCGGGUAUUGGCCGCGAGUUAAUCGGUCUGAUAUUAUCGGCGCUGUUAUUCAUAAUCGUGUUAUUGAUUAUCGAAGAAAAUCUUUUUCUAAUUUUUCGCCGAAAGAAUUACUUCCCGAAUCUCCAUCUCGUGGCCAAUGGUAGCCAAGACGCGGAUGUGUUGGCCGAACGACAGCGCGUGGAUCAGCUCAUGAAGAGCCCUGGGCUGAGGGCACAGGAGGGCAUUGUUGUGUUUCGGCAACUUUCACGCUGUAGUCAAGACGCGGAUGUGUUGGCCGAACGACAGCGCGUGGAUCAGCUCAUGAAGAGCCCUGGGCUGAGGGCACAGGAGGGCAUUGUUGUGGUGAAUCUGUGUAAGAGUUUCGGCAACUUUCACGCUGUAGAUCACCUGACAUUCGGCGUCCAUAAGAACGAGUGCUUCGGUCUGUUGGGAGUGAACGGCGCCGGAAAGACCACAACGUUUUCAAUGCUCACCGGAGAGCUGUUCCCCAACGACGGCAACGCUUACAUCGAUUCCAACGAGUGCUUCGGUCUGUUGGGAGUGAACGGCGCCGGAAAGACCACAACGUUUUCAAUGCUCACCGGAGAGCUGUUCCCCAACGACGGCAACGCUUACAUCGAUUCCGUAGAUUUGGUUAAACAGCCGAAGCCUUUCGGUCGUCGUAUCGGCUAUUGUCCACAGUUUGACGCACUUCUGGAUCGACUGACCGGCGAAGAGAUGCUCUACUUAUUCGCUCGAUUGCGAGGAAUACCCGCCGAACACACGGACGCCGCGGUCACAGCAGUAUUGGGCGACAGAAUAGCGAUUAUGUCUGAAGGAGUGCUCAAGUGUUGCGGUUCUCCGAUGUUUCUGAAGAAGCGAUUCGGCGCCGGAUAUCACCUCAGAAUCGCAAAGACAGACAAUUAUAACAAGCAAUCGGUUGACACGACUCUCAAGAAGUAUUUGCCGGACAGUCGUCUUCAAAGUGAGAUCAAUACUGAAGUGAUUUAUUCACUCGAAUCCGACGAUCACUCGAAACAGACCGACAAAAAUAUAUUUUCGAAAUUAUUCGACGAACUCGAGAGUCGUAAAGAAGAGCUCGGAUUCAACUCAUUUGGCAUAACUGUGACCACAAUGGAAGACGUGUUCCUCAAAGUCGGUUCCUAUGAAGAGGUGGACAACAGAAAGAUGGCUUCGCAGGAGAAGAUAGCGAAUGAGUACAAGAAUGAAGACGGCUUUAAACUGAUCCAAAUGUCAGUAUUGGGUCUUCUGGUGAAGCGAUUCCAUUACAGUCGCAGACAUUGGGCGAUGUUGUUGUUCCAGAUUGUGAUUCCAGCCGUACUCUUCAUAAUCGUCUUUCUAGCCGACAAUAGUGUCAAAUCUGUUGCCACUGAGAAGCCGAAGUCAAUUACACUCGAUCUCCAGGAACUAUACGGCCGUACGAUUGGAUUCUACCACGACUUGGACCCAACGACUCACGACUUUGGCGCCAAUCAUUACAUACCGAACGCUGAGAGACACGGCGUGACCGAAAACCUAUUGAUCAAAACAACUGAUCCAAUGGAUUGGCUGCUGGAAAAGAGUCGCGACUUUGAGCAAUACGUGUUGAAGUAUGUGUUGGGCGGUGCCGUCAGCAACACGUCCGGUACGCUUAGCCCCCAGAUAUGGUUUAACUACGAGUCCACUCAUUCACUCCCGCUGUCCAUUAACUUGAUGUAUGAGUCACUCGUCCGCCAAUUGGUGCUCAAACUUAAGGACUUCACAAUCACCACAAUUAUAGAACCGCUUAAAGAUAGGGUCUUCGCCGGCACCGGUAAAGACAUAGAGUAUCAAGAAGCUUUGAUGACCAGUAUGAUGGCCGCCGUCGUCUCGUGCGUACUCUUAAUGCCGAUUACGUUACCAUUUUUGGCCGCCUCUUACCUCAUAUACCCCAUCAUUGAGAGGGUCUCGAAGUCCAAAGCCCUGCAACUGAUGACUGGUUUGUCUUCGGCCGUGUAUUGGCUGUCAAACUACUUGUUUGAUAUAUUGAAUCACUUGUUAGCGAUCACCUUAUUAUCACUUGUAGUCUAUAUUUUUGACGUAAACCAAGUGGUCUUCAAGGGCUGGCAGUCGGGCACCGCUUUCUUCCUACUGUUGCUAGCAUUUGGUUUGUCGUCGAUAUCUAUAGCCUAUUGUCUCUCCUUUUGGUUCAACUCAUCGCCAAUCAGUUUCUCACUAUUACUUGUGUUUUAUCUGUUGUUUGGUUUCAUUGUAAAUACCAUUUAUUCGGGCCUUUACUUGAAGUUAACCUUCGAACCGGGCGUCACACCAGAGGACGGUCUCUUGUGGAUCAUAUAUGCGUUCCGAUUGAUACCUAUAUUCUCGAUAAAUUAUGGCUUCACAAAGAUCUAUAUGAUUAACGAGAACAAAAAGUUAUGCACCAAAUUAAUGGAUGUGAUUAAGGAGUUGUACGGCAGCAUUUUGACCCCAAACACAUUUCCCACCGAAUGGCCCGAUGAGUGGCCACCAAAUUUACCGGACGCCCAGCUGUACAACAACAAGACAUCGUGUAAACACUUGAAUCCAUUGGUUUUGCAUCCGACGGGCAUUGGCCGGGAGCUAAUCGGUCUGAUAUUAUCGGCGCUGUUAUUCAUAAUCGUGUUAUUGAUUAUCGAAGAUUACUCACCAAAUCUCCAUCUCAUGUCCAAUGGUAGUCAAGACGCGGAUGUGUUGGCCGAACGACAGCGCGUGGAUCAGCUCAUAAAGAGCCCGGAGCUGAAGGCAGAGGAGGGCAUUGUUGUGGUGAAUCUGUGUAAGAGUUUUGGCAACUUUCAAGCUGUAAAUCACUUGACAUUCGGUGUCCAUAAAAACGAGUGCUUCGGUCUGUUGGGAGUGAACGGCGCCGGAAAGACCACAACGUUUUCAAUGCUCACCGGAGAGCUGUUCCCCAACGACGGCAACGCUUACAUCGAUUCUGUCGAUUUGGUUCAACAGCUGAAGACUUUCGGUCGCCGUAUCGGCUAUUGUCCACAGUUUGACGCACUUCUGGAUCGACUGACCGGCGAAGAGAUGCUCUACUUAUUCGCUCGAUUGCGAGGAAUACCCGCCGAACACACGGACGCCGCGGUCACAGCAGUCAUACACGCCAUUGAUCUCCAGAUUCACUGCAAACACACGACAAAGAACUUCAGCGGAGGUAAUAAACGUAAACUAUCGCUGGGUUUGGCGAUCAUCGGUCGACCGGCGCUCGUGUUUCUGGACGAACCGACGGCUGGCGUGGAUCCGGUCGCCCGACGCAAGAUAUGGCAGACACUCGAUGUGUUGAAGAAUCGCCAGAACUCGUCGAUAAUACUGACCAGUCAUUCGAUGGAGGAGUCGGAAGCCCUGUGCGCUCGCAUAGCCAUUAUGGUUAACGGAUCGUUCAAAUGCUUGGGUUCUACACAACAGCUGAAGUCCAAGUUUGGACAGGGAUUCACUCUCAUCAUCAAAAUGAAGAUCGAUUUAGUGACCAAAGACCAGUCAUACCCGAACCGUGUGGACCAAUACGUGAAACAACACUUCCCAUCGGCUGAAGUGCGCGACCGACACGAGUGUCUCGUCCACUACCACAUCACCGACACCUCAACCCAAUGGUCGGCGAUGUUUAAAGUGAUGCAAAGCGCACAACAAGAGCUCGAUCUCGAAGACUAUAACCUAAGCGACACCACUUUGGAGCAGAUAUUCCUCUCUUUCGCUAAACAAAAGUGA